UAAACAAAGAUAGUUGCCACAAAGUCCGUAUUAUUAGUGUUAUUUGCCGGCACAGUGGAGGUGCUGCUUAGCCGGAGAGCCGACGAAAUUAAAAUACAAGGGAGUGAUGUUCCAGCAGCUAUAAGGAAACCGCACACAAUCGCCGAGAAGGCUUAAAUAUGGGGAAAUAAUAUGAUGUUGGGCGCCUGCGCACAGUGGGAGAGUCGCCUCACACACCCACCCCUUCGAUCCUGUCCUUAUCUCACUGCGUUGUUGAGAAAUUGUGGGGAAGGACAACGGCGAGUUAUAAGGGAGAGACUGCUUGAUUCCAGACAUUGGGCGGCAGCGCAGGAGUCCCAAGGACGCAGCUAGCCUGAUGCUUAGCUGCGUGCACCCAAACCUUUUUGUUCUCUUCAAGAAACUGUUUGGUGCAGCCCCUGCUGGUGACUCCGAGUCCGAGGCAGACAUGUACAACAACUUCGGUCCCCAGUGGCCCUUUGUCAGACAGAGACAUCCCGCCAGUGCUCAGGGCCUCGAUCAGAAAGUGCGGGCGGAGAGGAUAACGAUUGAGGGGGAUGUACUUAGCUACAGUGAAGAGGAGGAGGAGGAAAGAGUUGGUGUUUACGUUGGAGAGAUGCCAGUGUCCGCAGAUCGUUGUUAUUUUGAAAUCGAGAUAUUGGACAUGGGUGUGCAAGGUGCCAUAUCAAUAGGUCUUUGUUCUGCAAAAUACCCACUACACAAGCUGCCUGGCUGGGCUGCUGACAGUGUUGGAUAUCAUGCAGAUGAUGGAAGAUUAUACAAAGCCCGUCCUAGAGGAGUUGUAUUUGGCCCAAGAUGUGGGGCUGGUGAUCGCAUGGGUUGUGGAAUAAAAUUUGAACAGAUCUCGCCUGAAAAUGAUCCAUCGUCAGUACCAGUUUUCUUCACAAAAAAUGGAAAAGAGGUUGGGUCUGUAAUGGUAAGAGUUCCCCCUGGUGGACUGUACCCUUGUGUAGGUUUGGCAGCAGCUGGUGAUGCUGUCAGACUGUCUCCUCAACUCCUUUGGCCUCCCGAUGAAGACACUCACAUGUCAGUAGAUUCUAUGGAAGAGGAAUGGCUAAGACUGCACGACAUUCGACUAAAUGGACAGCAGAUGCUGGAGUACUGUGGCCGAGGAAAGAGCCUGGUUGAUGUUGGCCUUGCUCAAGCCCGUACACCAUUAAACACAACUUCACAUUAUUUUGAAAUGGAAAUAGUUGAUCCAGGACGGUCUGGUUACAUUACCAUCGGAUUGACGAAAAAGGAGUACCCCAAAAAUAGACAUCCAGGCUGGAAUAGAGGGAGUAUUGCUUACCAUGCCGAUGAUGGAAGAGUGUUUGCAGGCAGUACUGUGGGCUCCCUGUUUGGGCCAAGAUGUCAAAAGGGCGAUGUCAUGGGGUGUGGCAUCAUAUUUCCCAGAGAUUAUGUUUGCAACUAUGACAGUGAAGGAGGGAGCAUGGAAGAAGAAAGCCCAGAACCUUUGGAAUGCGAGGACUUGCUGGAACAUCUAUUACAGUAUCCCCAGCCUGGCUUGCCCCCAGAUUUCUCACCACAGUAUCCACGCCUCCACCAGCACCAGCACCACAACCACAUACUAACCACCGAUUCCGAGGAGGAUGAGGAUGACGAUGAUGAGGAGGAAGAAGAGGAGGAGGACGACUCACUUGAGCCGUCUCGGCAUCAUCCAGUUGGAGGAAAAGUGCAGGUGUUUUUCACGAGGAAUGGCCAGAUGAUCGGCAGGCGAGAGGUAGCUCUCCCCAAAGGAGGGUUUUUCCCCAGCAUCAGUAUGGGAAGUUUGGACGAGCGUGUGAGAGUUGACCUGCGACCGUUGACUGGCUAGUACAUGAAUUGCAUUGCAACACGCAUCUUUCUAUCUUAUACUACCUUUAUUGAUGCAGAGUAACAUGUAUGGGUGGCAAACUACAUUUUCUAUUUAUUGUACCACUUUACAACUCUGUGAAUAUGAUUUACAUAAAUGACAGGAAAAAAAAAAGAAAAAAAAAUCCAGCCUUACAUUAAACUUCAUUUCUUGUAAUGUGUCCUAUAUUGCAUCUUUACUCACACAUAUAUGUAAACAAUAAUAAGAAUAUGGAGAGAGAGAAAAAUGCUUAUUCUUAUAAGUUCAGGGUCACUUAAGUGUACUGACAAUAAACCCCAAUAUUUUCUAUUCUUCUCUUUGUGUUGCUUUUACUCAGUAGAAACUCUUACUGUAGGCCUUUAUGUAGAACUUUAGAACUGAAAUAGUGAGAGAGAAGCUAGACCAUCUCUCUGCAUAACGGGUGUACAAUAUUUUUAUUCUGUUACCUUUUUUAUGAAUGCAGUGGUAAAAGAUUUGUAUAGGAGAUAAUGACACAAUUUUCAUGGGAUGAAAAGAUCAGAGAUAUUGUGUUGGUUUGUUGCCGAUGUAAACUCACUGCACAAAACUGAAAUGCAUGUGUAUGUGUGUCUGUAGAAAUCACUUUGAAACCCAUUAAUUCGGAGGAAAGUCUGUUUCCCGGUAAUUUUCAUGCUCUUUUUCAAUAUGGCUUUAAGGACAUUGCCAUGCAAGUAUGGAAGUUUUUUUUUUAGGGAUGAUUCUGUAUUUUUGCCCUUUUAAAUUAGUUUGUUUCUGUUUGGAUGAUCUUUGUUAAAUACAUUAUGCCAGCAGUAUCUUCUAUUUGUGCACUGUUGUGCCUUAGGUUAAGAAAAGUGCAUGUAGAAGACUUUUUCUUUUUAAAUAUAAGUUUUAUUUAUAGGGACUGUAUUGAUUCAGGAAUAUAGUUUUGAAUUUUGCAUCCUCAUGUUCUGUUUUGUUCAAACUGUCAUAUCCAUCACUUUCACAUAGUGAAUAGUCAUAAAUGUUAAUAGGUGAUGCAGCAGAUUUUUUGUUUGUGUUUGAGAUUAACUGGGCAAUUUACAGAAGGGCUGUAGGUAGUAACAUGCAGUGGUAAAGGAAUUUUGUCAUUUUUACUACAGGAUAUUUCUUGCUUGACAGUUGUAACAUGGAUUAAGUAGCACAAGGCACUGCCUGCUCUAUAGAUAUGGUGACAAUGAGGUAAAGACUUGGUAGGAUAAUAGUUAUUGCAAAAUGAAUUUGGCUUUGAAUUGCAUAUGAUUACUUGCUCUCUACACAGCUGCUUGCUUUGUUGCUGCCUAUGUUGUAGUCAUCUACAGGAGGCAAACACAGGAUAUGAGCAAGUUUGCAUAUUUGAUCUUCACAUGGUAUAAGAUAGCACAUUUACUGUAAGAAAUAAGAAUAGCAUUGAAUUAUUGCUCAGACAGUAAUUCAUAUUUGAUAUUGCAACAUGUUAAUGAUAGAUCUAGCAAGGAAGAAACUAGUAAACUUUCAAGAAUAGAAAAAAAAUGUGUAUAUACACAGUAGAUAUGCUGUUCUGUAUAGAGUGGAAUUGAAGACGUGUGAUUUUCCUCUUUAAAACACUGGUAACUGUAGGAUAUCUUCACCAGAUAAGGACAGGAAACAUACAUUCUCUUUCUUUUGUCUUCAUUAAGACACAAAUUUUGCAAAAGCAUGAUAAAGUUUCCAUAGAAUAGCAGUAAGAGGUCAGACAGAAGACACGUGAACCAAUAGGCAGAGAUAGGUAUUCCAUAUUCAUCACAGCAAGCACUAAAAUGUAAUCAUAGAAAGUGAAGGAAAAAACUUAAGUUAGCCCAUUGCUGAUGUGCUAUCACAUCAUAGUGAAUAAUCACAGGCAUCAGGCGAUGUCUCACAAUGUCAUGAGCAUUUGACUCGAUAAAAUCUUGCUUGCCCAACCACAAGCUGGCCAGUUACCCAGGCACAGCAUGGCAUGCACUAAUGUAUGUCUGGCCUUGCUGGACUUUACAGAAGAUUUUACUUGUCAUUAAAGGGAUGAUGAUUAGUGUUGUAGCAAGGCAUAGAUGCAUAUGAUGAAUAUAGAGAUGUGAUAUAUUCAAAAUGCCUCACAAUGGCCAAGAGCCAGGUCCAGGAAGUUUAAAAUGUGCAAGAAUUUCAUUAUAGCUAGAAUUCCAUAGGGAUUAUUUAUUGCAUCAGUUCUCAUUUUAGUAGAUGAUAGACAAAUAUAAGUAUUUUUUCUAUAACCAAGAUUCUUUAUGUCAGGGUAUAUCUAGUAUUUCUAGAUAUUAUAUAAUUAUAGACAACAGGUUUGAUGGAAUCCAUAAAAGACAAAAAAAUAUCUUAUUUCAGAUGAUACAAAACAGUGGAUUCCCGUAUCACAGUUACUUCACCAAUAUGAAAUAAGAGGAAUUUAUUUAUGCUUUAUGUCUAUAAACUUUUGUUCAGGGGAAGAAAGGUUAAAAAAUGUUGUGUUGUAUUUCUGAUUUAGUUGAUUUUAGUGAAGUCAUUUUGUUUCUCUUGGUGAACUAUGAAAGAAAUUAUCGAAAACAGUAAAAUUUAUAUGCAUUUUUUUUUUUUUUUUUUUUUUUUUUUUUUUUUUUUUUUUUUUUUUUUAUGUCAUUCUAGUAAGUAUCUGUAGCAUUAUCAUAUGAGCUAUGGUUUCCAGUUGUAAUUGUUAGCUCAGUAGAGAAGAGUCCGUUCAAAGUGAAUAUUCCUCUUGUAACUGUAUCCAAAAAGGGUAUUUGUCUCUCAUAACAGAUUGGGUGUUUUUACUUAACAUGAAAAAGUAGUAUCCAAAGCCAAGACAGUGACAUUGCUCAAAUACUUUUCAAAUUUUAGUAGGAAAACAAUAGGUGGUGUAGAGGACAGAUUUCAUUUACAUUCAUUCGUUCGUUUUAGUUGAAUUGCAAAAGAUUUUCAGACUGUCAUUAUAAUCUCUUUUGUAAUUGUGUCAUAUUUGUGGACUGAACUGCUUAUGAGUGUUUGAAUUGGUUUUUUAUGGAUAGGCAUUUACACAUCACUAGGUUACUGAAUAAAGCGGUAUAAUAUUAUUCAGUUUUUCUGAUGAUAAGUAGUAGAACAGUUCAAAAUUAAGAUAAAUUAAUGUAUUCUUUUUAUUACAUAGAGGCAUGUGUCCCUGAAAGUGAUCUUGGAAGCUCCCUAAAGAGAAAACAGAUUUAUUAUUGAUAUAUGCUAUGAUUUUGCUUGCAUAUUUUUGUAGGUAUUCUAAUUGCAUUGUUAGAAUAAAGUUAAAUACCUUAGAUAGAUGCAAGUUAUCUUUAUGUGAAAAGGAGUAUCCCACAGAAUGUGAUUCUGUGAUUCUGUUUCCUCUUAGCAGAUAUUUUGCCCGAACUCAGAGAAAUACCGACUGCUCCAAGACAACAUCUUCGUGUUUAGAAAUAGGAUGUAUUUUUGAUGUCAUCCAUUCCAUCCUAGGUUUGCCUUGAUGUUUUUUCCAUAUAUAGUGAUCAUUGAUUAAUGGGCUAUGAUAUAGUAGGAAUUAUUUAGAGUGGUGAUUGCAAUGCAUUUUAGAGAAUUAAUAAGUUUAUUUUAUCAAUUGUAGACUUGGAGAUAUAUAUAUAUGCCAUUUGAAAAACAGUAGCUAUAUAUAGGGGUAUAUUUCCUUGUUGCUACAGUUCAACAAGAUUUGGACAUGAGAGGUGGGUGAUAGAGAUAUUUCUUUUGCCCUCAGGAUGUUUAGUUUGAUAUAUAAUGUUGUCUAUGUAUGGCAAUAUAUAAGCUGCAUUUUCAUUCCAUCUUCAUGUCCAGUAUGUAUCUGGAUUUUCUCUUCUUUUUUUCCUCUCUUUUUUUUUCUCUCUUUCUUUUUCUUCUUCUCUGGCCUUCAUACGCAAGGAAAGAAUGAUUUACAUCAAUGGUAGAGAAUUGGAAAUAGAGUUCAUAAUCUAUUCAGUAAAAGGAAAAGCAUAUACUUUACCUGUAUUCUUGACAAAUCAUCUAUAAACACAAAAAUCUUUAUCUGCAAUCCAUGUAACAGAAACUGAAAAGAUGCACCAGUGUAGCGUUAUGCCCAAGUAUAUAUCUCCAUACUCUGUUUCAUAGUAAUGGAGGUCAAAAUAUAUACACAUAUAUAUACACAUAUAUAUAUUUUUAAUCAUAUUGAAUAUACUGAUUCUUGUAGUCCCAUAAGAUAUUAGUCCCACUGUUGUAGCAGUUUCUGUUGAUUGUAGUUUUAAUCAAAUGAAACUAGAUUGCUGAAAGGACAGCAUUUGCUCUUUUUUGGAUAAGUAGGUCUAAAAGGUAGAAUUUAUAGCAUAGUCAUGGCGAUACAGUUGUUGAAUGUGAACCAACUUAUUUCAGGGGAAUCUGUUCAAAUUGUCCCUUUGGACCACGGAAAUGUAUUCUCAUUAUAUUGCCAUCCUUUUUAGCUUCCAUGUGCUCCACAGACUUAGACUCUUGGCUGCUCUUCUUGAUUUUGUAUUGCAUACCAAUUGCAGUGGUCAAAAGCAAGAAAUAGGAAGUACUUAAAGAAGUGGGUAAUUCAAUCCAAUUUGUGAAUGUUACAGAAAUAAUUGCAUAUUUUGUGCAUGAUACUUGUAUUGAUUGUAUGUGGCUGUAUCUUCAGUUUGAAAGAAUUAUAGGCAAAGAUUUUACAGUUUUUAUUGGAAAGAUGGUAUAGAUUUUACAGCAGUCAACUGUUGACCAAGAAAAGGUGACACCAGUUUUAUAUCAAGGUUUAAAAAGAAAUUACGUAGGGAAUAUCAGAAGUAAUAACCAUAGGACAAUAAUCACAGACUAAGAUUACUAUGCUAAUUAAUCAUAUUGCUUUAUUUCCAAUAAAAACAGCCAUUUUCAUCAUCUUUAAAUCUUUGGCACAAAGCAUGAUUUUUUAGCUAUGCAUUUUCAUGCGUGGUUCCUAGGUGUCAAAAAAUAUAUAGAUAUUAGAAAAGGUAUGCAAUAUGAAAUUAGAGUAUGCUGCUGAGAUUGAAGUACUUGUUGGAACACUAAGGUUAUUACAGACAUUCCUUUUGAAUUAUUAUAUGUAACAUUUAUGACUUUAGUUUUACAUCAUUAUUUAUACUAAAUGUUACUACAGUGAAACCUCUCUAAAAUAUUUGCAGUAAGCCUAAUAGUUAUCAGUGUAGGUACAAGACCGCCCAGGAUCAUUCUAAUAAUUAGAUAUUGCAAAGUAAUCCUCUUAUCCAGGUGUACUGUUAUACUAUUUGUUUAUCAUUAUUUCUAUUUUUUUGAACAUGAUGUGGUUGUUGCAAAAUGUGAAGAGAAAAACUAGGUUGUGGGUAACAAGUGUGGUUAGUUAGCAGGCACCUGCAAUGUAAUUUUCAUUCUCAUGAUAUUGCUGUGUGCCAUUAUUCAAAGGUGGUUACAACUGCCAUAAUUUUGAUGCUUAAAAAUGGUUUUUAUAUUGUUUAUGCCAAAGAGAUGGCAUCUACUGCUGCUGUUUAGAGCCAUUUUCAUAGCUGAGUGAUAAACAGUACAUUCUGGCUUCAGUAUGCACAUUAACAAUUGCAAGAUAUCAGAAAACCGACAAUAUUGCCUACCUCUGCUAUUAUGCUAAUUUUUUCAAUUUCUUCCCCAUGACUGGUUUAAUAUUCAUCAUUCAGGUUUAAAGAAAUUAUGGAAAUGAUACAGAAACAGAUAAUGCCAGUUAGUAUAUGACACUAAUAGUGUGGGUGUUAUAAAACAACUUUCCAGAUUAAAAACAUAUUAAUUUAUACUAAUUAAAGUACAGGGUCUGUUCAUGUAAUCUCUUGUAUUUUUUUGUAAUUACAAUGAUCUAACAUGAUAUUUGAUAUGAUAAAUUUGUGAAAAGGGUAUUGGAGAAUAACAUGCAAAUCCUCCUUUUUUUUGGGGGGGGGGAUAAGAUAAUAUCUUUGAUACAGUGACUACAUUGGAUAGAUAGGAAUUGGUAAUAUUUUAUUUGCCAGUGUUAGGAGAAUUAAAUAAUGUCUCUCACCAGAUACCAGCCAGUUACUGUAUGUAUUAAAAUUUUAAUGGGUAAUUGCACUCAAAGUCUUUAUAGUUCAGAUAAUUUCACAUUGAAAUAUUGAACAUGGUUGAAUAAAAAAAAAAAAAAAAAAAAAAAAAAAA